AUGCUUACCGUUGAUACUGGUUAUACUGGUUUUCAGGGCUUUGCAUCAGCUUUUGACUGGAAGGACCAAGCAUUCCGUCACUCGAUCGUGUCACACUUCUCAGAGGUCGCACACGUCCCUGGGCGUCGUCGCUGCGUCAUAUCCCUCGGUGACUCUGCACAUGAGCGGAUGGCUGCGAUAUAUGCUUGCCGUGAGUUUAACGAACAGUCCAUGAUAGAUUCCUCAUCACCCGCCGGUCUACUCUGCAAGAGCCUCAAAUUCAUGGAGCGCCCGGACCUAGAACAUCUACGGAAGGAACAAUACCUCAUACAAGAUUGUUUAGCUCAAGUGGUCCGCUAUGACCAAGAUCUCGAUUUAUGUAUUCAACCCCAGCACUGUGUUCCCUUCGACCAGACACCAGCCGCCGCUCUCGAUCAACAGAGCAUGUCGCCGGCAACUGCUGCCACUCAUGGUGGCUGA